AUGCGUUGUGGAAAUCUUGUGGCAUUGUUAUUGCAUGGAGUCUCUGCGCUCGCGGCGUCGCUAACGCAGGUGACGAACUACAACAACGAUGCGAAAGCAAAGCCUGGCAUGUGGGUAUACGUCCCAGACACUGUGAAAAGCGAUGCGCUUGUCGUUGCGAUCCAUUCCUGUCAGUCGUCUGCGCAAAAGUAUUUCCAGAACAGCAAGAUCCCAUGGCACCAGGGAUCGGACAAGAAAGGCUAUGUGACGGUUUGGCCGAGUUCCACAACUGAAUGUUGGGAUGUAUCGAGCAAAGCUUCGCUCACCCACAAUGGAGGUGGUGACUCGAAUGCUAUCGCGAACAUGAUCAAAUACGCUAUCACGCAGUACAAGAUUGACCCAAAGAAGGUUUUCGUAACGGGUGGUUCAUCAGGGGCGAUGAUGUCCAAUGUCAUAGCUGCGACCUACCCUGAUCUCGUCACUGCCGUAUCUCUCUAUUCCGGUGUACCGGCUGGCUGCUUUGUCUCUUCCUCUGGAGCUGCCGCCGCAUGGAAUAACACCUGCAGUGGAGGAAAUAGCAAGGCAAGUCCCGAACAGUGGGGCAACGUAGCUCGGGCCAUGUACCCUGGAUACACCGGUGCACGCCCUCGCAUGCAGAUCUGGCAUGGAUCGACUGAUGGCACUUUGUCACCCAACAACUAUCAGGAGACGAUCGACCAGUGGACGAACGUAUUUAAUGUUAGCCUCACGCCAACAUCGUCGAAAUCGAACACUCCGGAGAAGAACUACAGAACGGAUGAUUUCGGUCCGAAUGUGGAAGGUAUCUGGGCUCAGGGUGUUGGCCAUUCGGUUCCAUCGCACCUUGAUGCUUCAGAAGCAUGGUUCGGCCUCUGA